GGAAACAAAGAAAGUCUGGAGUUUUCGCAAAGCCCGAGGGCAGUUACAGAAUACGAUGCAGAGGCAGCAGAUGCAUACAGAAGAGCGUCAGUUGAGUACCCGAAACCCCCCACGGUCACAACCCACACGAGUGCUUCUCGAUUAUUGCAUGCACACGCAUGGAUUUAUACAUAUGCACGGAGUUUCAGAGGUGUAGAGAGAGAGAGAUAAAGAAAGAGAUCAGUCUCAAAAUAAGCACCCCUGACCUCAGAUUUUGUUAUAGUUUUAUCAAUGACCAUGGUAUCGUGUGGGUUCAAACUCUUUCUUUUUGUUUCCUAGCUUUUUGUCUUUCUACCGCAUUAUACUCCCUUAAUCUAUUCUUCUUGCUUCUUCUCCCCCUCUCAUCUCUCUGUUAAAUACCCCCUCCACCCUCUCCCUCUUCUCCAUUUUCAUUCCCAGACCCCUCUCUCUCUCUCUCUCAAUCUCCCUCUCUCUCUCUCUGAGUAUGCAGAGGCUUAAUACUAGUGGUGGUGUGAAUAUGUGUCAAGAUUUGAACUUUGAUCCAUCUUCUCUUGACCCUCAAGCUGCUCUUUCUAUGGAGUAUCUUGGGCUGAGGGAUGCAGGGAUGGGUCGGUUUCAGAUGUCAAAUAGAGUUACUCAUGCGGUACUAAAUGAGGCACAAAAUGAAAACCUUUUGUUGAACCAACAGCAGCAUAUUAAUGCUGAUGAAGAUGAGGAUACCGAGCAUAGGAGAAAUAUUGGAGGUCACACAAAGCUCUGCUCCAGGGGUCAUUGGAGACCUCAUGAGGAUGAUAGACUCAAAGAUCUUGUUGCUCACUAUGGUCCUCAGAACUGGAACUUAAUUGCUGAAAAGCUUCAAGGAAGAUCAGGGAAAAGUUGCAGAUUAAGGUGGUUUAAUCAGCUGGAUCCAAAGAUAAACAGGAGGGCAUUCAGCAAAGAAGAAGAGGAAAGGCUGUUGGGUGCACACAGAAUGUAUGGCAACAAAUGGGCCCUCAUUGCAAGGCUGUUUCCUGGAAGGACCGACAAUGCAGUUAAGAACCAUUGGCAUGUGAUCAUGGCUAGAGUUCACAGAGAGCAGAAUAGUAUUUACCGGAGGAGAAAGCCCCAGCUCAGUUUCACUCAUGACAAUAAUACUCAUGUCAUCCCCACACUUAACCAACAUGACCCCCACCAGAUUCUCCACAACAAGACCCCUAGUGAAUACUCUACUGAUGUGUCUUCCAACACUAAUAUCAAUAAUGUUGGUAUUCAUUACUAUAACAAGGAAGAUCAGUAUUCUGCAGCUUCAACUUGCACUAAUCUCUCUCUCAAGUUGCCCACAGCUUCCCUCUCUAGAUUUAGUCCUGCCCAUUACCACCAGCAUCAGCCUCUGUUUGGUUCAUUCAUGGGUGCAUGUACAUCAUCCGGAGAUGAGGUUAGCAAAGGAAUGGCCAUGGCUACACUAGCAGCUGGUGGUAAAGGUGCUGUGUAUGAACAAUGUGGAGGUGCUAACUCGGAAGAUUCCAACUCAGAGGUGGUGUCUGUAUAUGCAACUGACUCAGUGGCCAACAAUAAUGCAGUCAAUCUUUACAACUACAUGAUGUAUCAUGGAGAAGUAGAUCAAUAUGACCGGAAGCAGAAGAAGAUCCACUUCAUUGAUUUCCUUGGAGUUGGAGGCGGUUAAAAUAAUGUCCUAUGAAUAGUCAGAAUUAAUUAAGUGUGUAGAUAUUUAAAUAUGAGCAUUAAUGGCUUCUCUGUGAUGAUCUGAUUGAUGGACUAGUGGGGUUUAAGUUGUUACUCUAAAAUUUUCCUCCAUUGGAGUGCUUCUGUGAUUUUGCAGGAAAUCAGACAUGAAUGAUGAUGUUUAAACAGUUGCAGUAAAUAUAAUGAUUAAAAUAUUGCAAAUGAAAAGAGCAGGAGAAAAGGGUAAAACAACAGGAGAAGAGAGUUGUUAUGGGAAAAGGAGUGGUGACUGAGGAGCAGGCAGAGGCGGUUUCAUGCAAAUCCAAAAAAUAGGUAUAGGUAGAAUCAUGCUGUUUGUAUAGGGUGUGUCAUGUUGGGGAGUCAUGGGCAUGUAUAAUGGCCUGAUGUUCAUGUGGGUAAAUAUUCAGUUUUAAAAUGUACCGGUACUAUGUAUUGCUCCAGUAAAAAUGAAAAUCUUGAAGAUGCACUGUUGCAGGGAUUCUCUGACUUAUAAAUCAUCCUGACUGUUUUUUGUGA